AUGUCGUCCCCCGCAUCCAACACGAAGGCAACACAGUGGCCGGUCGUCCAGCGCUUCCGCAACGGCAUCCCAGGUCCUUUCUUGGCGAAGCUCUCGCCGCUCUGGAAGAUCUACCACGUCCUGCGCGGCUCGUACAGGAAGAAAGUACGGAAACUGCAUGAUCGCUACGGUCCUCUCGUUCAAGUCGGCCCGAACGAGUUCAGCUUGGGCGAUAAGGGUCUUGUGUACAUCCCGAAACUAAAGCCCAGUCCCUUCGCCGUCGACUCGGAAGCGCUGCAGCGGCUCGAAAAUUCCGUACGAAUGGCCAACGUCUAUCGCAACGAGCAUUUAAUCGAGAAGUGCAACCACCAACUCCUCCGCCUACUUUCAAAUGCCGCUGAGACUGGAGAGUCUGUCCAACUUUCGCCACUUCUUGCUCGAUAUGCAUACGAGACCAUGCUUGCCACCACGACUGGGCAAUUCGCGGGCUUCCUCCAAAUUGACCCUGACGCGGAUCGCAUUCAGGCUCAGAUGAAGGACUGGAAGUUCUUCGCUGUCUUGUAUGGCUCGUAUCUGAAAUACCAUCCACUCAUCGCCAAGAUCUUGAAGAAGUGUGGCGUUCGCGGCGACUCGCAGCAUGAGCUGUUUCGAGGAACGCGUUCGAGCCAAGAGACCGACGACAAUGCCGAUAGCAUGCCUGACAGCUCUUCUGGCCAGCAGAAAGAGGAGCAAGCAUUACUUCCUGGUGAUGCAGAAGCGCGCAUCGCUCUCACGCUCGCCGGUGCCGACCCAGCUGUGAUCCUCAUUCGAACUGCCCUGAGCUACAUUUACAGCGACACUGGCCUUUUGCAGCAACUACGCGAGGAGAUGAAGACCGCGGAUGUGUCAGAGACCCCGAAUUUCAAGGAACUGAUUGCAAAGAGAUUCAAGAUGCCCCUACUACAUGCUGUCUUGCUCGAAUGCAUACGCCUUAACACACCUCUAGAAACCGGCCCAACCUACAAGACACGCGAGGAAGAUGUCCUGGUUGGAGGAUAUCCAGUGCCCAAAGGUACGACAAUAGCCAUUGAGCCCACAAUCGCACACGUAAAUCCGACACACUUUGGCGGCGAUGCAAACGAGUUCCAGCCAACCAGAUGGCUCGAUUUCGAAGUUGGCUCAGCAGCCCGACGUCACCUAUUGGCGUUCAACCUCGCAUACAGCGCAACCAACCUCGAAGAGUUUCAAAUACUCCUUACCUGCAAGCUACUCACUCAACUCCUACCCCAAGUCACCAUGUCCGUACCACACCACGAGACGUUCAACCUGCCUGGCCCCAUCGAGUACGACUUCAAAGUCACUCGUAUGACCGAUGUGUUGCUUCACAUGAAGCCUGCCGCGUUGUACGGUGCCCAUUCUUGUGCUGGCGGCGACUGGGUCAACAAGAAGACUCUCGACAGUCUCAACAUUGUCGAGGUCAUCCACAACCACCUCACACCAGAGGUUGCCAGGGCUAUCUGCAAGGGCGGCCGUUUCGAUCCAUCGCGCGAGAGCUUCAUCGGCCAGCCGGCUUUGUUCACCAACCCUAUUGCCAACCCAAUGAUUCGAGCCAAGGUUAGAGACGUCUUCGAGAAGCUGUUCGGCGACCGUCUCCAGGUGCAGCGUCACUACACCACCAAUCGCUACAUCCUGUUUCCUCCAACGCCAUACAACAUCAACAAGUACGCACGCAAGACUUCGCGCAACACCACGUACACACCAUCGCCACGCAACAAUUUCCAGCCUAUCUCGAGCGGUGCUGCAGUCACCAAGGCAUCCAAUUCGCAGACUGCAGUCGCCAGCCAGCCUGCAUGCACGAGAGAUGCAAGCGACACUGCUGUCGUCAAGGCGUCCAACCCAGAAUGCAAGACCGACGCCAGCACUGCAGUCGCCAGCCAGCCAGCCUCAACCGCCCUCGUCAAGGCUUCCGCCCCAUACUGCAAGACUGAAUCCGCGAGCUCCAAGUCCAAGAAGUCCACCAACAACGACGAGCCGUGGGUGCCAAGAGAAGAACGCAAGGUCGUCAUACCCAAGGGGUUCACGUUCACCGACGAGGGCCUCAAGAGCACUAUGAACUGGGGUGGCUGGUGUUUGGGCUCUCAAAUUCACGAAGGUACCUUCGUGAAGCACAACACCUACGAAGAGAGCAAGAAGCUCCUCGCAGAGCAAGCACAGGCACUCGAGAAGGUCAACUCCGAGAGAGAGUACGGUCCGCAGGUCUUCAAGCCGACGCGCAUCGAGCCGAAGAAGACGACUGAGAGCACUGUCGAGACCAACAAGCCUACUGGCUUCAUCCCACCACACCUCCGCAACAAGCCUGCUGCUGCCGCCACCGAGGUCCCAGCUGCUGAGGCCGAGCCCAAGCAAGACUAA